AUGUUGCCCAUCCGCUUAUCCAAACUUCUGCUUUUGCUCUCCUUAAAGUUGAAAUUGGGUACAGCUGAAGAAAAAUACCAAAAGUUGGAUUUAAAAAGAAUUGACAAAGACUAUUAUGCCGUCGAUGUCAAAGUCGGCUCCGAUGAGCAGGAGAUCAAAGAGGUACUAAUAGAUACGGGUUCAUCUGAUUUCUGGAUCUUGGACAAAUCGUUCUGUAAUUCUCCAACAUCAGAGGAAGAAGAGAACAGUAACGGGCGUAGCAACAAGGAAAGCUGUGGAGUCUAUGGCUCGUUCGACUCCAACAAGUCAGAGACAUUUCAGGCAACUGGCCAAGUAUUUGACGCUGCUUACGGUGACACCACAGCCGAGUCGACAGGAUCUUCAGGAGUUCGAGGAAUUGAUCAGCUACGGGUAGGAGAUAUUCAUAUAGAAGAACUCUAUUUUGGACUAGUGACAAACACUACAAGUUUACCACCCGUUUUAGGAAUUGCCCAGCUUUCCGAAGAGUUCAGCAACAACUCUUAUCCUAACUUUCCAUACCAGAUGAAAGAGGAAGGUCUGAUUGAUGUUGUUGCAUACUCUCUCUCCUUGGGCCAAAGUAAAGGUGAACUACUGUUCGGGGCUAUGGACCACUCAAAAUAUAAUGGAACACUAUUGAAAGCCCCUAUAUUGCAGGCGGGCACACCAGGAAUGCAAGUUCUUUUAACUGGAGUGGCCCUUACAAAUGGUUCAUCAAGCGUCUUCAAUGAGACAGACAAUAAAGGUUUUAUCUACUUUGACAGUGGGACUACUGCUUCCACUCUGCCAUCAGAGCACUUUGAUGAUCUUUUCAACCAUCACGGAUGGGCGUACGAUGGUGAUACAUUGACAUAUUCGAUUCAAUGCGAUAGUGAGGGAGAAAAAUCUUUACUUGACUUCACUUUAGAAUAUACCAUUGCUGGUAAUAUUGUCAUCAAAGUACCAUUUGAAGACAUUAUUAUGAAGAAUGAAAAUGAUGGAGAAUGCCUCUCAACCGUAAUGGUGUCGAACCAGACUUCUUUUUCAUAUUCCGAUGACACACCCUUUUUCGUUGCUGGAGACGAAGUUCUGUUGAACGCUUAUGUUGUUUACAACCUAGAAACACAAGAGCUGGCCAUUGCUCCAGCAGUGGAUAAUCCAGAAGAUACUGAAGAAGAUAUUGAGAUUAUCUCCGCAGACUUUGAUAUUUCAGAAGCCAGAGAUUAUAGCGUUGGAUUAGAGUUCAGAAAUACCACAAUUCCAGCUACAACUGAUUACUUGCCUUCCUCGAUGUCGUCAGGUUCAGUCAGCGAAGAGACUGGUUCCAAGUCUGAGAGCUCUACUUCUGAGGACUUUGCUGCAGCCACGUUGAAACCAUUUACAUUUUGGGGUUUCGUCCUUUUUUUCUUUCACUUUUUGAUUUGA